ACUAGUUAAGGGAUGCACCUUGUCGUAGUUUUCUGAAAAGAAUCUGAAGGUCUUAACGGCAAAACAACGAUGGGAGCUGAAAUUGAGUCGCAGGAAAAAUUCACAAAAGAGAGGCCAAAGACUACUCUCACACAGGAACAGUUCCUUUCAUGGAAACGCCAAAAGGAUGCUGCUGUAUCAGCCAGCUUGGUUGAAGUAUCCAGGAAACGUGCAGAAGAUAUUGCUGCAGGAACAGUGCAAAUGAAUGGCCGGGAGUUGUUUGCACAUGAGCCAUGGGUGUUUGACAACUCACGAUAUUGAUGUUGCUUUUUCAUUUAGCUCAUAAGAUCUGUGGUCAUGCUCUGAAGACUUUUGUUGUGAAGUAAGUAUUUUUAUUUAUGCUUUUUCUGGGAUGAGGCUCAUCAAUUACAUCUCAUUUUCUUUUUAUAUAAGUAUUCUAUUGGUAAGGGUCAAAAUCAUUUUUCGGUAGCGAUAUAUUUUGGAAAUAUGAAGUUUGUGCCUUUGGCUAAGGAGAAAAUGAAAAGAUGUUUAUAUACGUGGGAAUGUUAGAUUUAUUUCACAUUAAAUACUUUGUGAAUUAUAAGCAGCCCCGGAACAUUAAAAUUUAUUGUUCAUCUGAAUUUCAUCUGACAUUUCAAAGUAGGCGGGCAUUUUAGAAUUU